GCAAGCAGCAGUUCCGCGAGCCGGACCUCCUCGACCCGUUUGCAACGUCUGUUCAGUUGUCUGCGCUUGAGGCCGAGUCGAAGUACCGGAUCACGAUCUGGCCGCUGACCGGUGCUGGAGUGGGAGAACCGUACUAUGUGGAGCGGUCAACGCUGAUGGGUGGAGUUCCAAGUACACCGACACUGAGCAUGCUUAGCCGUAACCAGACGCAUGUCAACAUCACGUGGACUAACUGGGAUCUCACAAACAGGCCAGCGUCCAUCUACUACGUGGUGUUCAAGAAAACCGGCGAGGAGGCGUGGCGCAAGACACCUGAGCAGUACACGCGGCACUGGAUCGAGGUUUUCCCACUGCAGCCGGGCACAUCCUACACAAUGCGCGUCGUUGGCGUCAACGACCAAUGGGAAGCAGCCAGCUUACCACUCGCCAUCAACACGCUUGGCUCGCGUAAGGACAUUGGCGACGACUCGACGAUAGCGAGCGUUGGAUCGGCGAGCUGGUUCAUCGGAAUGAUCAUCGCCUUAUUCCUGCUGCUCGCUGUCUUCAUUCUCAUGGUUCUGCUCAAGCGCCGCCGCGACGCACAGGAUGCCGAACGGCAAGUCAUGUUCCCUCCUGACAACAUGGAAUACCCGGCGGGGCGUACUGGAGGUCGAUACACGCCAGACCUUCAGCCCGGCUACACAACCCAUGCCUACCCGGUGUCGCGAAACCCGGACCCGCCGUCGUCGCGGCCAACACAAGAGCAGUCGUCGGUCGACAGCUCGGACGCGAAGCCGCCGAUAGAGAGCAGUGACGCCGACUCGUUUCACACGGACCACGGCGAGAGCGACGUGGUGCGCUUUAACGAGGACGGAUCGUUCGUCGGCCAGUACCAGCCGAAGAAGCGGCGGGCUCCGCCGGCCGUGCCCUCCGACUCCGCCGGUGGCGCCGCCGCGGGUGGCGGUGAUGAAGCCACGCAGCAGUCGUUCGACACGUUUGUGUAGUCGCCACCGCCGCCGCCGUGUCUCGUGAUGCAGACCACCGGUCAGCCACGCUCGGACGUCGGUCGCCGUCGGUCAGCGGUGCAAGAGUUGCCCCGCCGUCCGGGGUUGCUGAGACACCUUACACCAGACUCGCCCGUGCGUGCGUGAGUGCGCGUGGUGGUGGUGGGGUGGGGGGGGGUGUCUUGACCUGUGGUCUGAUGGUAACUCGGUGUCGAUAGCUGUUGUGGGCAAGUGGUGGUGGUGGCAGUGGUCGUAACAAUUAUUCACUUGUGCUGGAAUCUAGACUAGCUCUACGUGUAUGUUGUUAAUACUGUCACUUGAACUGGUGUCUUACAGCUCUCUCUCUCCCUCUCGCUCUCUUCCUCUCUCUCUCUCUUCCUCUCCCUCUCUCUCUCUCUUCUUCUC